AUGAUCCAGAGAUCAUUGACUAAUGCGCGGCAAGGUGGCAUGAUUUCUCUCGGCCUCGGGAUACAGCAGCGGUCCGCGUCAGACUGCAUCAAAAUUUUCCGAAAGAUUUGCGACGACGGGUUCCACGCCAAACCUCUGACAACCUCUCGCGCAAUGGGUUAUAUCGCCCGUUUGAUGAGACGAUCUAUCUACAAAACAUCUCAAUUCGAGGCUACAGUUCGUUCUGCAUUCGGCCCACAGCCAACACAGGUCUUUGGGCGUACAAAUUCCACUAGGGUGGCAGUAACUACAACCGUCGAGAGCAAGACCAUGCUCAUAGCAAACUACAAUCUUGGAGAUUCGGAGAAGUACAUGAGGUCUGAGCUGCCGCUGUGGAGAGCUGCGAGAUGCACAUCUGCUGCCCCCAUGUAUUUCAAGCCAAUAUCACAUAAUGGGCUUGAUUGUCAUGAUGGAGGGCUUUUGUACAACAACCCUGUUCAACGUGCCAUCAACGAAUGCAACAAAUUGUGGGGUAGCGGAGCUAGAUACGACCUGAUUUUGUCUGUCGGAUCUGGUUACGCAGCCAAUCCAGCAGACGUACCAACUGCUGGAACAACAACACGUUCUCCUCACUGGCUUAAGCCCUUAGUGGCUGCCUUCAUCAGUUCCAUGAACGGGCAGACUGCAUGGGAACAAUACAUUGAGAGCCAAAUGCCCAAAAUCAAGGAAAAGUCCUUCCGCCUCAAUGUUGAGUUCAGGGACGGCAAGGAGCCAGCUCUUGAUGCCACUGAUCAAAUUGGUCGCAUGGAAAAGACAGCACACGAAGCCAAGUUUCAAGCAGUAGAGGGGAAAACGUGGUUCACUCGCGAACCUGCGAGCUCGGUCUAUAGAUCAGACCUUCUGUUGUUCUUGGCUGAUAAGAUAUGUUCUAGCAUGUUUUUUUUCCAGCUCACUUCCAUCGACGAGCUUCGAAUGAAUGACAUCUACUCAAUUAAGGGUUGGAUCGGAUGUCAGUUCCAGCCCAAUGAGCCGGCGUUGAGGCGUAUUUUGGAUCGCACUCACUACUUCAAAGUCAAGGGAGAUCGGCAAGAGAAGAAAACAUUUCAAGCAGGCAACCGAUGUUUCAGGCUUCCAAUCGAAUUCAACCAACAAUUCAACGACGUACCGAUCAGCAUUGAGGUUUACUUCGGCGUCAAUCGUUCAGUGCCCAUCAGUGGCUUCCCCAUGGCAUUCGAGGUUUGUGGUUCUUUCCUGAAUCUGCCGGUGUAUGCUUGUCUAAAAAUGGACUUACAGGAUUUGAAAACCUACUGGGAUGACAACAAAGAAAAUCUUGGAGUGGCGGUUCCGAGGACAAAUACGAUAAUUUGGGGCUCAUCUGCAGUUGCAGAGCUCAAGGUUUCAUGUUGA